UUUCCGUGAUCUCGCGGUAUUGCAAUAAUAACGCACUAUUUUUUUUGUUAGCCAAGUCGAGCUAAGUCGAAAAAAUAAGUGCUGUGAUACUCAUGAGUGCAUGCUGUUUUUCUUAAAAUUGGCAAGUAAUGACUGCGAUGAGACCGCUCGAUAUAGAUCGACCAAGACACCAUCCGUUUCUGAUUGGUGUUAGCGGAGGAACCGCCAGUGGCAAGUCAACAGUAUGUGCCAAAAUCAUGGAGUUACUGGGCCAGAACAAGGUGGACCAUCGUCAGAGGAAAGUGGCCAUCGUCAGCCAAGACAGCUUUUACAGAGUCUUGACACCCGACCAGAAGGCCAAGGCCCUCAAGGGACAGUAUAACUUUGACCACCCAGACGCUUUUGACAAUGAGCUGAUGUACCAAACCCUGAAGGAUAUUGUAGAGGGUAGAGUGGUUGAGGUGCCAACAUAUGACUUUGUCACCCAUUCCAGGCUGCAGGACAGAAUCACGGUGUACCCUGCAGAUGUGGUUCUGUUUGAGGGGAUCCUCGUGUUCUACUCUCAGGAAGUGAGGGACAUGUUCCACAUGAAGCUCUUUGUGGACACCGACUCUGAUGUCAGACUGUCCCGCAGAGUUCUGCGGGACAUGAAGAUAGGCAGGGACCUGGAGCAGAUCCUCACCCAGUACACCACGUUCGUCAAGCCAGCCUUCGAGGAGUUCUGUCUGCCCACCAAGAAAUAUGCAGACGUCAUAAUUCCACGAGGAGUUGAUAACAUGGUGGCCAUCAACCUGAUAGUGCAGCACAUCCAGGACAUCCUCAACGGGGACCUCUGUAAGUGGCAGCGUGGAGGCGCGGUCAGUGGGCACGGCCGGGGCGCCAAGCGGGUCAUCUCGGAGCAGGGGGACCUGGCCAAGAGAACCUCCAGCCUCCCCCCGGUGAAGAGGAUCAUACUGGAGCCCAGCAGUCGCCCCCACUAAGGGGACAUCUACCGGUCUCUGGGCGUCAGGGUGGAGGCUGAUGUAGCAGGGCCAUCUGGGGUGGGUCAGAGGACUGACCUGCCCUGACUCAUCUGUGACACAUGAAGGAUGUAGGGAGUCUUGUCAGAAAGGGAAUCCUGGAGGAGAAAGGCUUCUUGACUCGUCAGUAAUUAUUAUUCAUUAGUAUAAUAUGAGAAAUCUACUGUAAGCAUCACUGAAACAGUUAAAGCAAUCACAGGCAACUCUUCCUUUUUUAAAUGACUGUCUUCCGCAUGUGACGCUUGACCUUGCAUUAGUUUGACUCGCUCUGUGGCUAAAGCAGAACUGAAUGCCAGAAGGAAAGAUGAAGUAUGGAAAGCGGUUUUAAUGUUAUUUAGAUGUCUUUUGAUUUCUGCUUUGCACAUUUCUCAUUACUACCGUUUUCUAUUCAAGGAGAACCAAUUAGCUAAGCUAAACAUCAUGUUACCAUGAUUCACUGUAUUCGCUUAAAGAUGUUUGAAAUAUUAAAUGUAUGAAUGUUAAAAUCUGAAAAUAUAUAUUAAAUAUUUUAGAGAAAUGACAGAUUAUCAUCACUUAAGUGUGCACUUUAAUGUUUAGACUGUUCAGAAUGUGAAUUAUUUGUUGGAUGAUAUGUUCAUUCUAGGGUAAACCCAUGCUUUAACUUUUUAGUUUGCCAUUUCUUUAAGCAUUUUCCUGUGACCCUGACAUUUAAGAAAUAUUCAGAUACUAAAUUCACUAUCAGUAGUUCAUGGUUGUUUUUUUACCCAAAUGAAAUAUUGUGGCUCAAAUAUAACUUGCCAGCUCAACAGGCCCUCAGUCAGUAAUUCAUUAAAAAGAUAUCUGAA